AUGGCAGAGUCUCAUCUUUCUUAUGAAGAAGCAUUAAAUGAGCUUUAUGAUUUGCAAGCCAUGGAAAAUCGCACCAAUGUUAUGAUUUUAUACAAAGACAAAGAAAUUGCUCAAUUAAAAGCUCAGCUUGCAGAUAUAGAAGAUCAGAUAAAGCUGAACAGAUCAAGCUACGCUAAAAAUAAUACCCAAGCUGUAUUGCUUCAUCCAAUGGUUAAUCAAGAAUUUGAAACUAUAAGACAAGAACUGCUUGAAACUCAUGAAAAAGCGUCAUCUUUAUCAAUGGAUAAUUACUUCAAAAAAUUAAGUGAAGCAAAUCCUCCUUCAGCACUUAAUCAGCUAGUAAAAUUUUUAGAAAAAACAAGCGCUGAUGUCACAGGAGAAAUCAGUGAAGAAAAAAUGACGAGUCUUAUUGAAGAAAUUGAAAAAGAAAAAAGCAAUAAUCUGGAAUUGGAAAAAAAGCUGAAGGAUAGCAGAGAGUUAGUAAGCCAUUUGGAGGAAGAAAUUGAGGAUAUGCAAGAUUUAAUAUCUUCGUUGACAAAUAAAAUUGAAGCUGUUGAUGCAGAGUGUGAGGAGCUUAAAAAGUCGAAUCCAAAGUUGAGUGGGAAAUUGGAUGGAAAAAGCAAAAGAAAUAAAUAA